AGUUGUGACCGGUCCGGGCGGAAGUGACGUUUUCGGCUUGGUUUGAAUGUGUGACAGUGUGAGCAGGAGGAGGAGAUAUGGAGAUCAGACCCCAGCAGCCCGGCAGAGAGUAACACCGGACAGCAGGCAGCCUCAUCGCUGGUUCCCGGUCACAGCAGCAUUCAGGAUCCCGGACAGAGCGGAGAAAAGGAGGUGGAUGAGUUGCAGUUGUUGCUACAGCAAUCAGAAUGAGUCUUCUAAUGAUAAGCGAAAAUGUCAAACUAGCACGGGAGUAUGCUCUACUGGGUAACUAUGAUUCUGCAAUGGUGUACUACCAAGGUGUUCUGGACCAGAUGAACAAAUAUUUGUAUGUUAAAGACACCUUUCUUCAACAGAAGUGGCAACAGGUUUGGCAGGAGAUCAGUGUGGAAGCGAAGCAUGUGAAGGACAUCAUGUCUACACUGGAAAGUUUUAAACUGGACAGCUCUCCCGUGAAAGCAGCCCAACAUGAUUUCCCAGUUCAGGACGGAGAAGUCUGGUCCUUACCAGUACCAGUUGAACGUAGGCCUUCACCAGGUCUCCGGAAACGUCAGUCUGCCCAGUUUAGUGACAAUCGAGCGCAUAACAAUCGCUUAAGUGCAGCUGUCAAGGGCCCAAAUCCCCCUUCAAGAAAUGUUAAUAACCAGAAAGCAAAGCCUGCCCGUGCCAGAGACAAGAAAGACCCAUUGAGUAAAGUGAAAGAAGAAAAGAACAAGUCAUCUGCCGAUGUGUCUGAGAGUGAAGCCAAGAGAUUUGAUGGAACUGGAUAUGAUAAGGAUCUGGUUGAAGCCUUGGAGAGAGAUAUCAUUUCACAGAACCCCAAUGUUCGAUGGGACGACAUUGCAGACUUGGAAGACGCAAAAAAAUUGUUGAAAGAAGCUGUGGUGCUGCCAAUGUGGAUGCCCGAGUUCUUUAAGGGAAUAAGACGACCAUGGAAGGGUGUGCUGAUGGUGGGGCCGCCAGGAACUGGGAAAACUCUUUUAGCCAAAGCUGUAGCAACAGAGUGCAAGACUACAUUUUUCAACAUUUCGUCAUCAACGCUUACAUCCAAAUACAGAGGAGAAUCUGAAAAGCUUGUCCGCCUUUUGUUUGAAAUGGCACGGUUCUAUGCUCCAACAACAAUAUUUAUUGACGAAAUUGACUCUAUAUGCAGCCGAAGAGGAACCUCAGAAGAACAUGAAGCCAGCAGGAGAGUUAAAGCAGAGCUUCUAGUCCAGAUGGACGGCGUGGGUGGUGCAUCUGAAAAUGAUGACCCCUCUAAAAUGGUAAUGGUCCUUGCAGCCACCAACUUUCCAUGGGAUAUUGAUGAGGCUUUAAGGAGGCGUUUGGAGAAGAGGAUUUAUAUCCCUUUGCCAUCAGAGAAAGGGAGGGGGGAGCUUCUAAGAAUAAGCCUUAAAGAGCUGGAGUUGGCAAAUGAUGUUGACAUUGACAAUAUAGCAGAAAACAUGGAUGGUUACUCUGGAGCAGACAUCACCAAUGUGUGCAGAGAUGCUUCUUUGAUGGCUAUGAGGAGACGUAUUGAAGGUUUAACGCCAGAAGAAAUCCGUAACCUUUCAAGGGAUGACAUGCACAUGCCCACCACAAUGGAAGACUUUGAGAUGGCUUUAAAGAAAGUGUCCAAAUCUGUGUCUGCCUCAGACAUUGAAAAAUAUGAAAAGUGGAUAGAAGAGUUUGGAUCUUGUUAACAACAGUCUUCAACGCUUGUUGCAAAAAACAAACAAACAAAGAAACAAUUGCCUUAUGUCUUAGCUGGUUCUAUAGAUUGAGCUCGUAGAGUUUUGGCAUUGUCAGCUGUGUGUUUUUUAAAGUUCUUUUGUAAUUGCCAUGAUUCUUAAAAUAAUAAAAAGUGCUGAUUUGAUUCUA